UUUCUGCCUUUUUCUUGCAUCUAAAGAGGGCAUGUCCACCGGCUUUUCCAGCAGCAUCUACCCCUUCAGCUCCCACCAGGAAGACAAACCGAGGACAAUCUUGAAAUAUAAAAAUUUCCUCCUUGGGAUUUGCUGCUGCUGCUGUCUCCGCCGCCACUGCUGCUGCUGCCGCGGUGCAGUGCCAAGACUCUCGGAAUAAAUAAAAGCGGGCUACUGUGUAUCUCUAGAUACAUCCAGCUAAUAGCUAUUAUUAGUUGGCCAUUUAUUUCGAAGAUCACAGAUGAAGUGGGGACGCCUGUCUUCUUCAUUUGGUCAGCGUGUGAAACAAUAAUACUCGUAACAAAAAGGAGGGAGAUGGGGGAGAAAAAAAUCGUAACAUGAAUCAGAAGAAAUAAUACCUAGCACCCCCCUUAAGUCAACCUCUCCCCCUCCCCUUUUCCUUCCCCCUCCCCCGAUCCCUCUCUCUCUCCACACGCUCGCAGGCGCGGACACAUAGGCGCGCACACAGACACACACAUACAUAGACACGCACAGGCACACACACACUGACUGUACUGUGUAUUUUCGGAGGAGGAGGUGGUGGUGGUGGUAGUAUUUGGAAGAGGAGGAAGAGGUGGUGUUGGGGAGGGGGGAUCUCUUUCCCCAUUUGGAGAUGAUUGUGCUAUUCCUCUUUGCCUUGCUCUGGAUGGUGGAGGGGGCCCUUUGCCAGCUCCAUUACACGGUGCAGGAAGAGCAGGAGCAUGGCACGUUCGUGGGGAAUAUCGCCGAGGACCUGGGCUUGGACAUUACAAAACUUUCGGCUCGCCGUUUCCAGACGGCGCCCAACUCCCGCAGCCCUUACCUGGAGCUCAACCUGGAAACCGGGGUGCUCUACGUGAAUGAGAAGAUCGACCGGGAGCAGAUCUGCAAGCAGAACCCCUCCUGCCUGCUGCACCUGGAGGUCUUUCUGGAGAACCCCCUCGAGCUGUUCCGGGUGGAGAUCGAGGUGCUGGACAUCAACGACAAUCCCCCCUCCUUCCCAGAGCCCGACCUGACGGUGGAGAUCUCGGAGAGCGCGACGCCGGGCACCCGCUUCCCCCUGGAGAGUGCCUUCGACCCCGACGUGGGCACCAACUCGCUGCGCACCUACGAGAUUACCCCCAACAGCUACUUCUCCCUCGACGUGCAGACGCAGGGGGACGGCAACCGCUUCGCCGAGCUGGUGCUGGACAAGCCCUUGGACCGGGAGCAGCAAGCCGUGCACCGCUACGUGCUGACCGCGGUGGACGGCGGGCAGCCCCAGCAGCGCACCGGCACCGCCCUGCUCACCAUCAGGGUGUUGGACUCCAACGAUAACGUCCCCGCCUUCGAGCAACCCGUCUACACCGUGUCGCUGCCGGAGAACUCGCCGCCGGGCACCCUGGUGCUGCAGCUCAACGCCACCGACCCCGAUGAGGGCCAGAACGGCGAAGUGAUCUACUCCUUCAGCAGCCACAUCUCGGCCCGCGCCCGGGAGCUCUUCGGCAUCGCACCGCGCACCGGGCGGCUGGAGGUGAACGGCGAACUCGACUACGAGGAGAGCAGUGUGUACCAGGUGUACGUGCAAGCCAAAGACCUGGGGCCAAACGCCGUGCCUGCGCACUGCAAGGUGCUGGUGCGGGUGCUGGACGCCAACGACAACGCGCCCGAGAUCAGCUUCUCCACCGUCAAAGAGGCGGUGAGCGAGGCGGCGGCGCCGGGCACCGUGGUGGCUCUCUUCAGUGUCUCGGACCGCGACUCGGAGGAGAACGGACAGGUGCAGUGCGAGCUGUUGCAGGGCGACGCGCCCUUCCGCCUCAAGAGCUCCUUCAAGAACUACUACACCAUCGUCACCGAGGGGCCCCUGGACCGCGAGCAGCCGGGCGGAGACGCCUACACCCUCACCGUGGUGGCCCGGGACCGCGGCGAGCCGCCGCUGAGCACCAGCAAGUCCAUCCAGGUGCGGGUGAGCGACGUGAACGACAACGCACCGCGCUUCAGUCAGCCCGUCUACCAGGUCUACGUGAGCGAGAACAACGUGCCCGGCGCCUACAUCUACGCUGUCAGCGCCACCGACCGGGACCAGGGCGCCAACGCCCAGCUCGCCUACUCCAUCCUGGAGAGCCAGAUCCAGGGCAUGUCCGUCUUCACCUACGUCUCCAUCAACUCCGAGAACGGUUUCCUCUACGCCCUCCGCUCUUUCGACUACGAGCAGCUCAAGGAGUUCAGCUUCCAGGUGGAGGCCCGCGACGCCGGCGAGGAGCCUCAGCCGCUGGCCGGCAACGCCACCGUCAACAUCAUCGUGGUGGACCAGAAUGACAACGCCCCCGCCAUCGUCAGUCCCCUGCCCGGCCGCAAUGGCACCCCGGCGCGGGAGGCGCUGCCCCGCGGCGCCGAGCCGGGCUACCUGGUGAGCCGGGUGGCGGCGGUGGACGCCGACGACGGGGAGAAUGCGCGCCUCACCUACAGCAUCGUGCGGGGCAACGAGGCCAGCCUCUUUCGCAUGGACUGGCGCACCGGGGAGCUGCGGACGGCGCGCAGGGUGCCGGCCAAGCGCGAUCCCCAGCGCCCCUACGAGCUGGUCAUCGAGGUGCGCGACCAUGGGCAGCCGCCGCUGUCCUCCACCGCAGCCAUCCAGGUGGUGCUGGUGGACGGCGCGGGCGAGCGGCCCGGCGGUGGGGGCGGCCUGGGCGCGGGGGCGGGUGUGGGGGGCGGCGGGGGCGGCGGCGGCUCCGGCGAGCACCGUCCCAGCCGCUCCGGAGGCGACACCUCGCUUGACCUCACUCUCAUCCUUAUCAUCGCCCUGGGCUCCGUCUCCUUCAUCUUCCUGCUGGCCAUGAUCGUCCUGGCCGUGCGCUGCCAGAAGGAGAAGAAGCUCAACAUCUACACCUGCCUGGCCAGCGACUGCUGCCUGGGCUGCUGCUGCUGCUGCCCCUGCUGCAGUCGCCAGGCGCGGGCCCGCAAGAAGAAGCUCAGCAAGUCGGACAUCAUGCUGGUGCAGAGCUCCAACGUGCCCAGCAACCCGGCGCAGGUACCAGUGGAGGAGUCGGGCAGCUUCGGCUCUCACCACCACAACCAGAACUACUGCUACCAGGUCUGCCUCACCCCAGAGUCCGCCAAGACUGACCUGAUGUUCCUUAAGCCGUGUAGUCCCUCCCGCAGCACCGACGCCGAGCACAACCCUUGUGGGGCCAUCGUCACCGGCUACGCCGACCAACAGCCCGAUAUCAUCUCCAACGGCAGCAUUUUGUCCAGUGAGACAAAACAUCAGCGUGCUGAGCUCAGUUACCUAGUUGACAGACCCCGACGAGUAAACAGUUCUGCAUUCCAGGAAGCAGACAUAGUAAGCUCUAAGGACAGUGGUCAUGGAGACAGUGAGCAAGGAGACAGUGAUCAUGAUGCCACUAAUCGAGGUCAAUCCUCUGGCAUGGAUCUCUUCUCCAAUUGCACAGAGGAAUGUAAAGCACUGGGCCACUCAGAUCGGUGCUGGAUGCCUUCCUUUGUUCCAUCUGAUGGACGCCAAGCUGCAGAUUACCGCAGCAAUCUGCAUGUACCUGGCAUGGACUCCGUUCCAGACACUGAAGUGUUUGAAACACCAGAAGCCCAGCCGGGGGCAGAAAGGUCCUUCUCCACCUUCGGCAAAGAGAAGGCCCUUCACAACACUCUGGAGAGGAAGGAGUUGGAUGGACUGCUGUCUAAUACACGAGCGCCUUACAAACCACCAUAUUUGAAACAUGGGUGGCAGCAGAGUAAUCCCCAUCCUACAUCCCCCAGCCCCAGCCCCAGCCGUGUGUCUCACCCUUUGCCUGGAUGCACCACUACCAAGGCACUUGCCAUCUCUGGAUCUCAAAGUGGAUUAUAAAGAAUAGUGAUUUAAACCUUCCUGCACCUCUAGGAGAUAGAAGUGUCUUUCUUUCUUUCCUGCAGCACGGAAAAGGAUAUGCUAGUCACUUCUACAGGACUUACCUGAAGCAGCAUGAUUUGCACAAAAGUCGACCAACAAAAAGCAUCAACUUUCAACUUCAUUAUCUUGGCCAUCCAGUUCUGUGUAACUGAAGGAUUUGUGUGCUGUUGGAGACAUCAUGGCCAACAAUAGGACCUAAUUGCUCUCAGCAGGCCUGAGAAAUGAGUUGAAAUGUGUAGAACUGUAGAAACUUCGGAGGCAACUGAUCUUGCCUCUCUGAUCAGUGUGUGCCUGUUUACAGCACUAUAUUAUCUCUCUCUCCAAAAUGUCACUGAGCCCUUUAGAUGUUUAUAUUCACCACAAGAAGCCAAUCGUCCAGAUAAAAGAAAUGUGCAUUAUAAAUGCAAUAUCACUGUUUUAAACUUGACUGUUUUAUAUUAUUUUUUGUGUGAUCAAGUGUUCCCCCAAACUAUUCCAACUUUACAAGAGAGAUUGUGAUCAUGUUCUUUUCAUCCGUGGGUCAUCAAAAGAAAAAAGAAAGAUGUUGUUAAUCCGAGGGCCCACAAAAAUUAUCAAAGACAUUCUGUAGUUUAUACACCGUGUUGCAAAGUGUUUACUGUACUAUUUCAAAGCUUCUAAAUAAAUAUCAAAUAUAUAUAUAUUAUAUUAUAUAUAAUUUUCCGACCAACGUGGGACAACUUAGUUGAUUUUUAAAUGGAUCCAUGCAGUCUACACCGUACACUUAAAGCGAGAAGGUAAUUCAGGGUUCCUAAGCUAUCCUUGCUAAAAAGUGAAAGAAACCUUUAAUAGUACUCCCCCAAUAUUCGUAUUUUGGUCAAUCCUGUUUUUUUUUUUUCUUGUUUAAAAAAAACACAAAAAAAAAAAAAGGG